AUGAUUGACAUCUUGAAUAUCGGAGGCGAGCCGAUCUUUGACGAUCGUAUCGUCAAGAUUGAGACUCAUACGUACAAUCCAUACGCCAACACAACGCUUGGAUAUAGUGACGAGAUACGGAUACCGAUACAACAUCAAGAUUUGUACACGUUACCAUGUGAAAGUUUUCCAUACGUCGAGGGAAAGUUGAGGGUGCGUACUGUAGAUGAAGGGACAAGAGUGGUAUUGGUAAACAAUUGUGUCGCGUUUAUGUUUGAUGAACUUCGAUAUGAACUCGACGGUGUGGAGAUUGACAGCAACAGAAAUGUUGGAAUAACUUCCACGAUUAAAAACUAUGUCUCUCUAACAACCGAGAAAGGUAAAAUCUUGGAGAAUGCUGCGUGGAAUAUGUCGCACAAUGCUGCUUACUUCAAUUUUUGCGUGCCGCUAAACCUACUAUUGGGUUUUUGCGAAGAUUAUAAGCGAGUUGUGAUUAACGCUCGUCACGAAUUAAUUCUGAUACGUUCGCGCAACGACAACAAUUGCAUAUUUGGACAUGCUUCGGCUGAAGCUGAUAUCGAAUUAUUCAAGAUACAAUGGCGUAUGCCUCAUGUAAUAUUGAGCGAGGUCAAUAAACUCUCCUUGCUACGCGCGUUGGAAAGCGGGCGAUACUUGAAUAUAAGUUUUCGGUCAUGGGAUCUAUACGAAUUUCCUCUAUUGCAUAAUACGACCAAGCAUUCGUGGACCGUGAAAGCCGCCUCUCAGCUGGAGAAGCCGCGAUACGUGAUCUUUGCGCUGCAGACUGGCAGAAAAAAUGCUGUGUCAAAAGAUAAAAUGCCGUUUAUUUUCAGCGAAUGUUCCCCGGGGAAACAGUACCUCCCCGGGGUGCAUAUACAAUUAAAAUCGGCAUUUUGCCGCGCGCAAUAUAAAAUUAAAACUAUGGGCGGGAGACAAUAG